AGGACUGAGGACCCGGGCGGAAGUGGAGUCCCGGGGACGCUUUAGGGAAGGUGCCUGCGGAGUACACGGACACUCGCGGCGGGUAGGCCUCUCGGGGCCGCCAUGAGCCGCCUCCGGGAUGACUACGACCCCUACGCGGUGGAGGAGUCGAGCGACGAGGAGCCGGCUCUGAGCAGUUCUGAUGAUGAAGUGGAUGUGCUUUUACAUGGAACUCCAGACCAAAAACGAAAACUCAUCCGGGAAUGUCUUACUGGAGAAAGUGAAUCAUCAAGUGAGGAUGAAUUUGAAAAAGAAAUGGAAGCUGAGUUAAACUCCACCAUGAAAACAAUGGAGGACAAGUUAUCCUCUCUGGGAACAGGGUCUUCCUCAGGAGUUGGCCAAGUGGGAGGAGUUACAGCAAAGUACUACGAUGAGGUAUAUUUCGAUUCUGAUUCUGAGGAUGAAGACAAAGCAGCACAAGUGACUAAGAAAAAGAAGAAACAACACAGGAUUCCAACAAACGAUGAGUUGCUCUAUGAUCCUGAGAAAGAUAACAGAGACCAGGCCUGGGUUGAUGCGCAGAGAAGGGGCUAUCAUGCUUUUGGAUUACAGAGAGCACGUCAGAAACAACAGCCCGUUCCGAACAGUGAUGCUGUUUUGAAUUGCCCUGCCUGUAUGACCACACUGUGCCUUGAUUGCCAAAGGCAUGAAUCCUACAAGACUCAGUACAGAGCAAUGUUUGUGAUGAAUUGUUCUGUCAACAGAGAGGAGGUUCUAAGAUACAAGAAUCCAGAAAACAGGAAGAAAAAGCGAGGCAUUAAGAAGAUGAGGUCUAACCCCGAAGAUCCCCCAGAAACAGAAGUGGAAGAAAUCUAUCACCCUGUCAUGUGCACAGAGUGUUCAACUGAAGUGGCAGUCUAUGACAAGGAUGAAGUCUUCCAUUUUUUCAAUGUUUUAGCAAGCCAUUCUUGAACAGUAUGACAAGUAACUGUUCAGCGCUGUGUAUAGGGCAAAUAUGCACUCUGCUUUCCUCUUUCUACUCGUAUCAUUCAGUGACGUUGCGCUAUUAAAACAGUAUUUCAUCUUUAGGAAAAGGAAUGGUUAUCAACCUCUAUCUCUUCUCCCUUUUUUCUUUUUAAUUUUCCCAUGAGUGAUGAUGGGACUGAUUAUCCAAUCCAUUUCUGAUGAUUAUUUGGAGACUUCUGGGUUUCUUAUUUAUUAAAUUAGCUUCCUAGAAUUAAACAGUUUUGCAAUAAGUUUUUGUUUCUUAAUGUUUGGUCCUUUUUUUAUUGUUAUAAAUAAAAUACUAGAGGUUGGGUAUCUA